CGCCCCUCGCCAUUGGGCGCGCCCGCGCGUGCAGCCGUAAGCGCGGCGGCCAUUGGCGGCGGCGCAGCAUGGCGGGCACGGGCGGCUCCUGGCGGCCGCCGCGGUCGUGCGAGGACUACUGGGGGGAGUGGAAGCAUUGCCGUGGGCUGCGCCACGCCUUCCACCACUACUACGCGCACGGGGAGCUGCCGGAUUGCGGCCGCUGGCGGGAGGACUACGAGGCCUGCCGCGCCUGGGAGAGGGACCGCGCCGCCGCCGCGCAGGAAGCUUUGUGCAAGAGUGAAAGAGCUCGAGUUAUGGAAAAACAGAAAUAUGCUCCAGUGUGGAAACUCAGGAAGAGCCCACCACCUGACUGGUAUCUACCACUUGACCAUGACAAAUCAAAUUAACAAGACUGUUACCUGUGUUGGUCAGUAACAUAAUACACAAUUCAGAAUUAUGCUGGCUUUUUUUUUUCCUUCCACAUCAUCUUGAAGUUAUACAACUGUAGCUCUGCCCUGCAAUACUUUAGCAUUCACUCAAAAAUAAUGAAAUUUUAUUUAAACAUGGAGUAUAUUUAAAGGGAGAUAUGAGGUGCUUAAUUUGAUUGUGGUCUUUUACUGCUGUCUUACACUUCAGGAUUUCAUCUCAGCAGGCAACUUCCAAAUUAAUGCACACAUGAUCUAGCUCUGAGGACGUCUUGCCCUACCAGCUGGCACUGAGCGCUUUUGGAACGAGGUACUGACCCCAGGCAUGCCAGAUGGAGAAAAAAAACCAAGCUGGGACUCUCCCCUGCCAGCUCAGGACAAUCCCAAACACUGGCAUUUAAAAGACAUUUCCCAGAAUCAGGAUUGUGGUGGUUCAAGAGCUUCUCACCUGGGGAGAAGGUGCUGCACACCCUGAAACUGCCCCUUUGUGGAACUGCUCGAGUGGUGGUGUGUGUUGUGGCGAUAUUCAACACUACUGAAAAAUAAAGGUUUAAAUGAAUGUA